CUUGCAGCCUCCAGCCGGCUAGGACGUGGCCACCAGCCCAGGAGGGGCCCUGUGCCUUGCUCCCCUCCUGCGACACCCCCAGGAUUCCCCAGGCCUGGGUCAGUUACCUGGGAGACAGGCUGCUGGCCCGAGCAAAGUGGGGCCAGCAGGCUGCAGCAGAGAAAGUGCCCUCGCACCUCCAGCCCCGAACCCAGACUCCCCCGUCCCCACGCUGCUCUGCAGAAGCCUGGACCCGGCGCCCCUCCUCCCUCUUCUGUACCCUGCCACCUCCUGAGCCUCGCUACUGCCUGGUCCGAGCAGGGUCAUGGCCUUGAGGGCAGGUGGCCACAGCCCUGCUGCUGUGAAUGGACUGCAGGAGAAGGUGCUGACACUGGAUACUAUGAACCCGUGUAUUCAGAGAGUGGAAUAUGCAGUGCGCGGCCCCAUUGUGCUGCGCGCCCUGGAACUGGAGCAGGAGCUCCGACAGGGCGUAAAGAAGCCCUUCACUGAGGUCAUCCGCGCCAACAUCGGGGAUGCUCAGGCCAUGGGGCAGAAGCCCAUCACAUUCCUGCGCCAGGUCCUGGCGCUCUGCGUCCACCCAGACCUUCUCAACAGCCCCGAUUUCCCCGAGGAUGCCAAGAGAAGGGCGGAGCGCAUCUUGCAGGCCUGCGGGGGCCACAGCCUGGGGUCCUACAGCGUCAGUUCCGGCGUCCGGCUGAUCCGCGAGGAUGUGGCGCGGUACAUCGAGCGCCGCGACGGGGGCAUUCCCGCGGACCCCGACAACAUCUUUCUGUCCACCGGGGCGAGCGACGCCAUCGUGACCGUGCUGAGGUUGCUGGUGGCCGGCGAGGGUCGCGCGCGCACGGGCGUGCUCAUCCCCAUCCCUCAGUACCCGCUCUACUCCGCCACGCUGGCCGAGCUCGGCGCCGUGCAGGUGGACUACUACCUGGACGAGGAGCGCGCCUGGGCGCUCGAUGUGGCCGAGCUGCGGCGCGCGCUGCACCAGGCUCGCGACCACUGCCGCCCGCGCGCGCUCUGCGUUAUCAACCCCGGCAACCCCACCGGGCAGGUGCAGACCCGCGAGUGCAUCGAGGCCGUGAUUCGCUUCGCCUUCGAAGAGAGGCUCUUCCUGAUGGCUGAUGAGGUGUAUCAGGACAACGUGUACGCCGAGGGCUCGCAGUUCCACUCGUUCAAGAAGGUGCUCACGGAGAUGGGGCCGCCCUACGCGGCACAGCAGGAGCUUGCCUCCUUCCACUCGGUCUCCAAAGGCUACAUGGGCGAGUGCGGGUUUCGUGGCGGCUACGUGGAGGUGGUGAACAUGGACGCCGCGGUCCAGCAGCAGAUGCAGAAACUGAUGAGCGUGCGGCUGUGCCCGCCGGUGCCGGGCCAGGUCCUGCUCCACACGGUGGUCAGCCCACCUGCACCGUCUGACCCCUCCUAUGCGCAGUUCCAGGCGGAGAAGCAGGCGGUGCUGGCCAACCUGGCGGCCAAGGCCAAGCUCACGGAACAGGUCUUCAACGAGAGUCCUGGCAUCCGCUGCAACCCGGUGCAGGGAGCCAUGUACUCCUUCCCGCGCGUGCAGCUGCCCCCGCGUGCCGUGCAGCGUGCUCAGGAGCUGGGCAUGGCUCCUGACAUGUUCUUCUGCAUACGCCUUCUGGAGGAGACCGGCAUCUGCGUGGUGCCAGGAAGCGGCUUCGGGCAGCGGGAAGGCACCUACCAUUUCCGGAUGACCAUUCUGCCCCCCAUGGAAAAGCUGCGGCCCCUGCUGGAGAAGCUGAGCCAGUUUCACGCCAAGUUCACCCACGAGUACUCCUGAGGCUCCGUGCUGGAGGACUGACGGGGUCUGGGGCCCUGGGGCGUCCCUGGGGCCCUCUGGACUUGCUACUGCUGCCUGUGGGGCUGGGCCCCUUCCUCUCUGCAGGCCUUAAUAAAGCUGUGAGACAGCCUGAGUGCUCA